AUGCAACAAGAUCAAUCUUCAUCCAUUCCAUCCAACGGAACGAAUAACACCACCAGUACUGGUACAGAUAUUGGACAGGGAGCUGUGCUCAUCAAGACCAAUCCAUAUGAAUGUGGACUUUUAAAGACUCAAGUCCGAGGCUAUGAUUUCAAUAAUGAUUUGAAAGAUGUAUCCAAGCCAAUUAAUUAUGAUGGACUCUUUGAAUCGUUUUAUACCACUGGAUUUCAGGCUCAUAAUUUCGGACAAGCAGUGAAUAUCGUGAAUGAUAUGUUGCAUUGGAGAUUGAGUGAUGAACCCAUGACGCAGGAUGAACAGGAGCCCUAUGAUGAUCCGACAGUGAGAGCUCAAACAAAAUGUAGAAUUUUCCUCGGAUACACAUCCAAUAUGGUUUCAAGUGGUGUUAGAGAAGUGAUUAGAUUCCUUGUACAACACAAAUUAGUGGAUUGCAUUGUUACUACAUGUGGUGCUAUUGAGGAAGAUAUCAUGAAAUGUAUGAAACCAACUUAUUUGGGAGCCUUUGAUUUAGAUGGUAAACAUUUGAGAUUGAAUGGUAUCAACAGAAUUGGUAACUUGUUAAUUCCAAAUCUAAAUUAUUGUGAAUUUGAAGACUGGAUUACUCCAAUUUUGGAUGAAAUGCUGAAAGAACAAAAGGCUGGUACAUUGUGGUCUCCAUCUUUAAUGAUUGACAGAUUUGGAAAAGAGAUUAACAAUGAAGAAUCCAUUCUCUAUUGGGCUCACAAGAAUGAAAUCCCAAUUUUCUGUCCAGCUCUCACUGAUGGCUCCAUUGGUGACAUGCUCUAUUUCCAUUCAUAUACUGACAAGGAUGGUAAUGGACUCGUUUGUGACAUUGUCAGCGAUAUUAGACGAUUGAAUGGUCUUGCAGUGAGAUCCAAGAAGACUGGUAUGAUCAUUCUUGGAGGAGGUGUUAUCAAGCAUCAUAUUUGCAAUGCUAAUUUGAUGAGAAACGGAGCUGAUUUUACUGUUUACAUCAAUACCGGUCAAGAAUUCGACGGAAGUGAUGCUGGAGCAAGAUGUGACGAGGCUGUGAGUUGGGGAAAAAUUCGACUUGGAUCCAAAUACACUAAAAUCUAUGGAGAGUCUUCUAUCAUUGUCCCACUUCUUGUAGCUCAGACCUUCGUCAAGUAUCAACGAGAGCAGCAAGAAAAGGCGAAACAAUAA